AUGCUCGGCUCGGUGCUGCGAAAGAGCGCGCGCGCGUCCGCGGGAAUCGCGCGCGGGUCCCGUGGGUACAAGGUGGCGGUGCUCGGCGCCGCGGGUGGGAUCGGGCAGCCGUGCGGGCUGUUGAUGAAGAUGAAUCCGCUCGUCACGGAGCUGUCGCUGUACGACAUCGCGGGCACCCCAGGAGUGGCCGCGGAUGUCUCGCACGUGAACACGGCGGCGCAGGUGAAGGGAUACGCCGGUGAGGCCGAACUCGGGGCGGCGCUGAAGGAUUGCGAUGUGGUGAUCAUCCCGGCGGGCGUGCCGCGCAAACCAGGGAUGACGCGAGACGACUUGUUCGCGAUCAACGGAGGCAUCGUGAAGGGUUUGGUCGAGGCGAUCGCGGAUAACUGCCCGAACGCGAUGAUUAACAUGAUCUCUAAUCCGGUGAACUCGACGGUGCCGAUCGCGGCGGAGGUGUUGAAGGCGAAGGGGAAGUACGACCCGAAGAAGCUCUUCGGAGUGACGACGCUGGACGUCGUCCGAGCGAAGACCUUCUACGCCGAAAAGGCUGGGCUUGAAACGUCCAAGGUCGACGUCCCGGUCGUCGGCGGUCACGCAGGGAUCACGAUCCUUCCGCUGUUCUCUCAAGCGACGCCGCAAGCGAAGAACUUGUCCGCGGACGACAUCGACGCGUUGACCAAGCGCACGCAAGACGGCGGUACCGAAGUCGUCGCCGCCAAGGCUGGUAAGGGCUCCGCCACGCUCUCCAUGGCGUAUGCGGGCGCUCUGUUUGCCGACGCGUGCCUUCGCGCGAAGAACGGCGAGGCAAACAUCGUCGAGUGCACGUACGUCGAAUCCAAGGUGACCAAGGUGCCGUACUUCUCCUCCAAGGUCACUCUCGGCCGCGACGGCGUCGACACCGUCCACGGUCUCGGCACGCUCAGCGCCUACGAGCAAUCCGCUCUCGAUGCGAUGAUGCCGCAGCUCGAGUCCGAGAUCAAGAAGGGCGUCGACUUCAUCAAGGGUGCCUAA